AUGGUUUACCACUUCCUCCCUCUUGUCACCGCGUCGCUCGCAGCUUUCGCUGCCGCCUCACCCAUCGGCGUCAAACCUCGACAGUCCAAUCAUCAAGGCAUUCAGGCCGUAGACCAUGACUACGGGAUGUCCGCGGCCUCCAAGAUGAUUCCGGGCGUUGGCACCAACUGGAAGUGCAUCACCAGGAUUGACGACAAGUGGUUAGCCUGGCGGUUCGGGUUCCGCCCCAAACCCUCUUGA